AUGAAGUAUCAGCUUUAUGUUGUCCUCUGUUUGUAUUGCAGUACUACAUUUUGCGCAUCUUUGAACUGCGAAAGGAACUCGGAUGAAAAUUGUCUUGAAGAUUGCCAAUGGAACGAGAUUUUAAACAAAUGCGUUGAUUGUAACGUUGGAUCAUAUGGGAAAAACUGUUCCAGUCUAUGCAGGUAUCCGAAUUAUGGAAGAGAUUGUGGACAAGAUUGUUCGUACUGCAGCCAAGAAUUGUGCGAUUCUACAUUAGGUUGUCCGAAAAAUUAUGGAACAACUCAAAGGGAAAACAAAAAGGAAACGAGUUCGGAUUCAGAUUUUGCUAUGAUUAUUGGUUCUUCUGUCGGAUUUCGAGUUGUGAUGGGGAUUGCAGCUUUCUUUAUUAUUACAAUAACAAACAGAAUGUUUUACACGAGACAUCUAAGAGAAAACACCCACUAUGUUGGAUCUUUGGUAACAAAACACACUAUUUCCACGAAUUAA